ACUGCCCAGGCCGGAAGUCGCCUCGUCGCCGCUUCCUCACGCGAAGGCGUGGCGCGGGUCGGGUGGUCACGCCCGAUGGGCGGUUGAGGAAGGAACGGAGCAGCUGCGGGGACCUUCCCCAAGGCUGCGAGGCGGCGGAGGCCGCGCGGGUGGAGGACAGGAGCCCGCGGGGAGGGAUUCGGGACGCACCUGGCAGCCGGGGACCGCGGCCCCUCCUAGGGGCGCCAGAGCGCCGGUGCGCAGGCGUGGAGCGGCCGGGCGGGGGCGAGCCCUUAAAGGGGUAGAGGAGCCGGGAGUCGGCGCAGGACCUGAGGUCCCCGGGGGUCGGGCCCGCGGCGCUAUGGCUCACGUCAGCUCUCGCAAGCGCUCGAGGAGUCGAAGCCGGUCCCGGGGGCGAGGGUCCGAAAAGAGAAGGAAGAAGAGCAGUAAGGAUGUCCCGAAGAGCUGCUCGGCUUCUAGAUCCCAAGACCACAAGGCCAGCACCAUCUCCUCUGGGGCGGAGGCCUCACCUUCUCCCUGCAUCACAGAGAGAAGCAAGCACAAGGCCCGGAGGAGACCACGAUCCAGCUCCUCCUCCUCUUCUUCCAGUUCUUCUAGCUCUUCUUCCUCUUCGUCCUCCUCCUCUUCCUCCAGUGGUGGCCGGAAGAAGCGGGGGAAGCACAAGGACAAGAAGAGGAAGAAGAAGAAGAAGAAGAAAAGGAAGAAGAAGCUGAAGAAGAAAGGCAAGGAGAAGACAAAGGUACAGCAGGGGGAGGCUCUGCCAGGACCCUCGCUGGACCAGUGGCACCGAUCAGCCGAGGAGGAAGAGGAUGGCCCAGUCCUGACGGAUGAACAGAAGUCCCGCAUCCAGGCCAUGAAGCCCAUGACCAAGGAGGAGUGGGAUGCUCGGCAGAGUGUCAUCCGCAAGGUGGUGGACCCGGAGACAGGACGCACCAGGCUCAUUAAGGGAGAUGGCGAGGUCUUAGAGGAAAUCGUAACUAAGGAACGACACCGAGAGAUCAACAAGCAAGCUACCCGAGGGGAUGGCCUGGCUUUCCAGAUGCGAGCAGGGCUGUUGCCCUGAGGGCCCUGCUGGCUAAGUGCUGGUGGCGUGGCCUGGAGACUGGCUUCAGAGUGGGCAGCAGGAAGCCCAAUGGGUGCUGUUUGCCUUUCCUCCUGCGGACUGGCCUCUGGCCCAGCCUCCUCUCAGAUGCAGGGGGUGAGGACGGGGUCACUGGCCUCAUCAGCUCCUCCUGCAAGAGCAUCACUUCCCAAAUAUUAAACGUUCCCUGGUUGGAAA